GACAUCAUAAAUAAGCCAAGGCAUACGCGAUACGCCCUAUAUCCAUUGUAAAACAAUUACACCUAGAAACCCUAACCCUAAUUUCCGGCCAUGGAUAAUUUCGACGAAUACGAUUAUUUAGAGAAAACCGUCGCUGAGCCGACCAACGGCACCGCCGUUUCCCCUUCCAAAUCUACCGACAAAAGCUACCGCCGGAAAGAACGAACCAAAGACACCGCAGAAGAAGAUGACCGUCUCGACGAAAAAGACGAUCGUAAAUCUAAAAAAGUCAAAACAGAUGAUGAUAACGGCGACCGUCAUCGCCACCGAGAUCGUGACCGUGAACGUGACCGGGAAAGAUCGUCCAGGUCGGAACGUUCUAGAGAUAGAGAAAGAGAAAGAAGCUCUAGAGACAGAGAAAGGAGUUCGAGAGAUGGAGAUAGAGAUAGAGACAGGAGCUCUAGAGAUAGAGAGAAGGAGAGGGAAAGGGAGAAGAGGGAAAAGGAUAAGGAAAGAGACAGGUCUAGAAGGAGCAGAAGUCAUUCGAGAAUCGAACGAGAACGCGAAAAGGAUUCGAUUCGAGAGAAAGAAAGGGAACUUGAGUUAAGAGAAAGCAGGAGAUUGAAAGAUAAAAAGGAAGUGGCUGAGCCUGAAGCUGAUCCAGAAAGAGACCAGCGGACUGUUUUUGCUUACCAGAUGCCACUAAAGGCAACUGAAUGGGAUGUAUAUGAGUUUUUCUCAAAAGCCGGAAAGGUAAGAGAUGUGCGUCUGAUCAUGGACCGAAAUUCUCGAAGGUCAAAAGGAGUUGGGUAUAUUGAAUUCUAUGAGGCAAUGGCGGUGCCAAUGGCAAUCGCCAUGUCUGGACAGCUACUUCUUGGGCAGCCUGUAAUGGUUAAACCCUCAGAAGCUGAAAAGAAUCUUGUGCAAUCUAGUGCUUCAGCUGGGGGAGUAGGAGUAACAGGUCCUUAUGGCGCAGUUGAUAGGAAACUUUAUGUUGGAAAUUUGCAUUUUAACAUGACUGAACUGCAGCUCAAGCAGAUUUUUGAAGCUUUUGGCCCGGUGGAGGUUGUUCAAUUGCCAGCGGAUCCUGAAACAGGACAUUGUAAAGGAUUUGGGUUUAUUCAAUUUGCUCAACUUGAGCAUGCAAAGGCAGCACAAAGUUUAAAUGGGAAGCUCGAGAUAGCCGGACGGACUAUUAAGGUAUCCUCAGUUACUGAUCAUAUUGGGGCACAAGACUCGGGAGCAAAAGCAGCAGAUUUUGAUGAUGAUGAUGGGGGAGGUUUGGCUCUUAACGCUCAGUCAAGAGCGAUGCUAAUGGCAAAGCUUGAUCGGAGUGGUAUUGCAUCAAGUGUUCCUGGCUCUCUUGGAAUUGGGGCACCUCUAGUUAAUGGAUCUACUUCAAUUCAAGCUGCUGGCUUGCCAGUUAAUGGUCUAUCUACAGUACCUGUUCCAGGUUUAGCACAAAUGGUUUCACCAAUUGUUUCAGAGCCUGUUGGUGUCCCCAGCGAGUGUCUACUAUUGAAGAAUAUGUUUGAUCCUGCUACAGAGACUGAUCCGGAGUUUGAUUUGGACAUAAGAGAUGACGUGAACGAAGAAUGCUCCAAUUAUGGAAGCGUGAAGCAUAUCUAUGUUGACAAGCAAAGUGCUGGUUAUGUGUAUCUGCGAUUUGGAAGUGUGGAGGAAGCAUCACGUGCUCAACAAGCAAUGCAUAAGCGAUGGUUUGCACGCAAGAUGAUUUCUGCCAUUUUCUUGCAACCCUACGAGUACGAUGCCAAGUUCAAAGGUGCAGUUUGAUCAUUUUGACGUCUCUCCACUGCAAGAUAAUUUCAGCCUCAAAUUCAUUGCCAACUUUCGUUUUCUAGGUUUUUUUAAUUAAUGUUAGUGGCGUGCAUUCUACGGUCGCUUCACAUGUAUAAUGAUUCUUAAGCUGCUCUUCUGGCCUCUGGAGAUCAUGUCUAAUGUUUUAUGAAUUUAUGUGAAAAUUUCAAUUAAGAUGAAGUCAAAUAUUUUGAAUGA